AUAACCCGACGGCAUGGCGCGUGCGUCCCCCGCAACCCGUAGAAUGGAAGGUGCUUCCAGCUGCGUCUCGGAGUGGCCGAGGCAGUGGGCCGUGCCCAAGUCUCCUCCCUUUGGCUGGCGGCAGGUCCACAAUCCGAGCAUCCCAGAGACCAUGGCCGCCGGGCAGCUUUUCCGAGCGCUGGUAUCUGCGCAGUGGGUGGCGGAGGCUCUGAAGUCCCCGCGAACCUCACAGCCACUGAAGUUACUAGAUGCAUCCUGGUAUCUACCCAAGCUGGGCCGCAACGCACGGCGCGAGUUCGAGGAGCGCCACAUCCCAGGCGCUACCUUCUUUGACAUUGACCAUUGCAGCGACCAUAUGUCACCCUACGACCACAUGCUGCCUAGUGCCGAGCACUUCGCCGACUACGCGGGAAGCCUGGGCGUGGGCGCUGCCACGCAUGUAGUGAUCUACGAUGGCAGCGACCAGGGCCUCUACUCUGCUCCCCGGGUCUGGUGGAUGUUCCGUGCCUUUGGCCACCGCUCAGUGUCACUGCUGGAUGGCGGCUUCCGCCACUGGCUGAGCCAGAACUUGCCAAUCAGCUCUGGCAAGAGCCACCCGGAGCCCGCGGAGUUCCACGCACAGUUAGAUCCCUCCUUCAUCAAGACUCACGAGGACAUCCUGGAGAACCUGGAGGCCCGGCGUUUCCAGGUGGUGGACGCCCGCGCAGCUGGCCGGUUCCGGGGCACAGAGCCGGAACCCCGAGAUGGCAUCGAAUCUGGACAUAUCCCUGGCUCAGUAAACAUCCCGUUCACUGAGUUCCUGACCAAGGAGGGGCUCGAGAAGAACCCAGAAGAGAUCCGGCACCUGUUCCAGGAGAAGAAUGUGGACCUGUCCAAGCCCUUGGUAGCCACUUGUGGCUCUGGUGUCACAGCCUGCCACGUGGCCCUGGGGGCCUUCCUUUGUGGCAAACCCGAUGUGCCUGUCUACGAUGGCUCCUGGGUAGAGUGGUAUAUGCGUGCCCAGCCUGAGCAUGUCAUCUCCGAGGGCCAAGGGAAGACCCAGUGAGGCCAGGCAGGACACGGUACUGCUCAGGUGACAUCUGACCAUCGUGGUGCCAGCCUGCUGGCUCUGACUCUGCUUUGCCAAGGGUCUCAGACAACUCAGAUGUCUGGAGUGACAUCCAAGAAACCAGGAAACCAGGAGUUCCAAUGACUUAUGGGCACCCACUGAAGGUAGCAAAGCCGGUAGCAGUGAGAGUGUGCCCAGGGGAGGGAGGGAGGCCAGGCAGCAGAAUAGCCUGCAUGGCGCUAAGCUGGGGCCUCUAGCUUGCUUCACUGUUGGGAAAUAAAGCACCAAGCACAAAACCUU